CGUAAACCAAGAUGGCCGACCCUUCCCCCUAAUAUGAUGAGGGACGUGAUCACGUUCCUUCCUGGCUAGGAUUUACUUAGAUUCAACUGAAACUCAAGCUAAGGAUGGCUACAGUCUGGGGGAACGAGGACGUAGCCUGCUACUUCACCACGAAGCAUUCGUGGCGCGGAAAAUACAAGAGGAUCUUCUCCAUUGGAACGAAAGGAAUUACAACGUACAAUCCGUCCAACCUCGAGGUCACAAAUCAGUGGGCAUACAAUGACUUCUGUAGAAUUGCACCAAGUGCAAAGGCUCCUAGUGAGCUGAUCAUAACUAUGAAGAAAACUGGUGCAAGUAAAAAGAUCCAGAGUAUGACAUUCUCCACAGAGCACAGGGCUGAUCUUUUGACAGAGGCUCUUAGAUUUCGUAAAGAGUUCUCAGACUUCAAAGCAGGAAGUGAAGUGCGUUUCAAUGGAUACAAAUAUCAUUGGAGUGACACAAGGCUGCCAAUAGUGUUAGAGGUUACACCUUGUUCUUUGGACCAAAUUGAUCCUACAACAAGAGAAAAGCUGUGUUCAUAUGAUUAUAAGGAUUUGGAAGGUGUUGUGCAGGUGUCAGACUAUCCUGGUGGAAUUGCCAUUGUUUAUGGUGGUUUCAGUAGACUUCAUCUCUUUGCACUGGAACAGAGAGAAGAGUUAAUGAAGAAAAUGUCAGAAUAUGCAAUGGCACAUGUUGGAGUUGCAAUCAAACAGAGAAGUAAGCCUAUAACAUUUGAGGAGUUUCAAAGCCACAAAUUUGGAAAAUUCAGUGAAGAUGAGCACAUCACAUCCAUAGCUGAGUUCAAAGUUCAGAAAAUUUCACCCAGACAUCAUGAUCCUGUUGUUCGCACAUUGUGUCUAUCAGAGACAUGCAUGAUAGAAAGAGACCCUGCAACAUACAUUAUUGUGAGCUGUCAUCCCCUCUCUGAUGUAUUUGCCAUCAUCCGUUCAAAUGAUAAUCCUCAAAUGUUCACCAUAGAGUUUGUCCGUGGAGCAACAAAGAGGUUCAUGUCAACUGAAAGGGACUCACUGUUGGCCAGUCUGCUUGAUGGAGUUCGUGCCAGCGGUAACAGGGAUGUCUGUGUCAAAAUGAAACCUACCAUUAGAGGUUUUAGAUUUGCACCAGUCAUUUCAACAGUGGAUGAGGAAGUUGAAAGUCAACAUCUCAGAUUUCUUGCAGUUCCUCCAGCCACAUUUGCAGAAGCAGUUGAAAGAUUUAAUAGCAAUAUUCCUUACAAUGGAUUGCUCCAUGCAGUCACACAAGAUGGGCUGUUUGCUGAAAACAAGGAAAAGCUCAUAACAGGAGCAAUCACUGCACUUUUAGCAAUGGAAGGUGACCAGAACACCAUCUCUGUAGAAGAUUUAGAAGGACAGUUUCAAGCCAUUCGCAGACUUGUUGCUUCAAAAGCAGGAUUUGAAGCCUUCACAACUCUACCCAAGUUCAGAGACAAGCUUGGAGUGAAGGUUGUAAAAGCUCUGAAAAGGAAUGAUGAUGGAGUCACACAUGCUGCUAUUGAUAUGCUCUGUGCUUUGAUGCAGCCCAUGCACGACAAUUAUGACCUUAGACAGGAACAGAUGAAUAAGUCUUCACUUGUGUCAUCCAGGAAAUUCCUUGGCACGUUGUUAGAUAUCUUCACUACACAUGUAAAUAGAAGCACAGGGGCUCUUGUUGUUAGUUCACUUCUGGACUUCCUAACAUUUGCAUUGUGUCCACCAUACAGCGAAACCACAGAAGGAACACAGUUUGACACUUUGCUGGAAAUGGUUGCAGAUCUUGGGCGAAAUAUUUUUAGGCUUUUUCAGCAUCCAUCCAUGGCAAUUGUCAAAGGAGCUGGCAUGGUUAUGAAAGCUGUCAUUGAGGAAGGAGAUUCAGAGAUUGCAGCGAAAAUGCAGGAUCUUGCAUUGGCAGAGGGAGCCCUUCCUAGGCAUCUUCACACAGCCAUGUACACACAAAGUACAGACAGUAGGCUACUCACAAACAGGCAGCUCAGCAGACACUUGGUAACCCUGUGGGUGACUGGCCAUCCCACUGCGAUGGGUCUUCUGAAGAGGAUCAUGCCUGCGGGUCUAAUGAACUACCUUGAAUCAGAGGAGAAGGUCCCAGAAGUGGAGUUAGAUAAACUGCAUGUCAGAGACAACGUCAAACUUGCUGAGGAUUCUUCCAAACCCAAGAAACAUCAGUACCUUGUGCAACUGGAUGUUGUGCUCACUCACUGGAGGACGAAAAUGGGACUGAAAUCAAAAGAAACAAACCAGAAACCUGUCAUUUUAAGGAAAAGAAGGCAAAGAAUCAAGAGUGAUGCAAACUGGGAACUCUUCUAUUACAAAUUCAAUCAAGAUCAUUCCAUGCCUAAUCUUAUCUGGAACUACAAGACGAGGGAAGAACUGAGAGAAGCCUUAGAGGCAGAGAUGAGAGCAUUUGCCGUGGACAAGGAUCUUGGAUCAAAUCAUGUCAUCUCUUGGAAUCACCAAGAAUUUGAAGUGAGAUACGAGUGUCUUAGUGAAGAGAUAAAAAUUGGAGACUACUACCUCAGGCUGCUUCUCGAGGAAGAGGAAGGAAAAACUAUGAUUCACAAUUCGUUGGAGUUCUUCAAUGAUCUUUACCACAGAUUUCUUCUCACUCUGAAGCCUGCCAUGAAAGCCAUGUGCUUACAAGCCAUGACCAAGGUAUACAGCAAAUGCUAUGAUGAAAUUGGUGCCUUCAAUGACACACGAUACAUUGUUGGAAUGCUUGAGAAGACAACAGACAGAUUGGAGAGAGAUCGCCUUAUACUCUUUUUGAAUGCACUGAUCAAAAACAAGAAAAAUGUUAAAGAGAUGAUGGAUGUGAAUGGAAUCAGAGUUCUUGUGGAUCUUCUUACACUGGCCCAUCUUCACACUUCAAGAGCUGUAGUGCCACUACAGAGUAAUCUGCUUGAGGCAUCUCCUGAAAUGAUGCAGCGUGACAGUGAAAAAGAGUGGUACUAUGGAAAUAAGGAGAAAGAGAGGCUGGGGCCUUUCAGCUUUAAAGAGAUGAAGGAUAUGUCAGCUGAAGGAAUUCUCCGACCUGAAACAAAGUGCUGGGCUCAGGGUAUGGAUGGAUGGAGACCACUUCAGAGUAUUCCGCAGCUCAAGUGGUAUCUACUGGCAACAGGCAGUGCAGUAAUGAAUGAAACAGACCUGGCUGUCUUGAUCUUGAACAUGCUGAUUAAGAUUUGUGAAUUUUACCCCAACAGAGAUGUUGAUGGUGCCAUAGUGCGGCCACUUCCAAGAGCGAAGAGAAUGUUGUCAGAAGCUACAUGCUUGCCGCAUUUAGUUCAGCUUUUGUUGACCUUUGAUCCUAUCAUUGUGGAAAAAGUGGCCAUUCUUCUUCUAAAUAUGAUGGUGGACAACCCCAUCCUUCCACGAUUGUAUCUUACUGGAGUGUUCUUCUUUAUAAUGAUGUACACUGGGUCAAAUGUUCUCCCCAUUGGAAGAUUUUUGAAAGAAGUACACACUAAACAGGCCUUCAGAUCUGAAGAGAGUCAACAGUCAGAUUUAUUCCAGAGGAGCAUAAUCGGGCCCAUUCUCCCGGAGGCCAUGGUCUGUUAUCUGGAAAAUCAUGGUCCUGACAAGUUUGCUGAGAUUUUCCUUGGCGAGUUCGACACACCAGAAGCUAUUUGGAACAGUGAAAUGAGGCGGCUGAUGAUAGAGAAGAUUGCUACUCACUUAGCGGACUUUUCACCAAGAUUACAAAGCAACACUAGGGCCUUGUACCAGUAUUGUCCUAUCCCAGUCAUAUCCUAUCCUCAACUGGAGAAUGAACUGUUCUGUAAUAUCUUCUAUCUGAGGCAUCUGUGCGACACAGAAAAGUUUCCUGAUUGGCCAAUCAGAGAACCGAUUCGGCUGCUCAAGGACAUUCUAGAAGCGUGGAAAAAGGAAGUGGAAAAGAAGCCUUCGACAUUGACGGUAGAUGAAGCAUAUGACGUUUUGAAAGUCAAAAGAGACCCUUCAGGACUUGUUGAUGAGGCGAAAGUUAGAAAAGCUUACUUUAAAAUGGCGCAGAGGUACCAUCCAGAUAAGAAUCCAGAAGGAAGGGACAUCUUUGAGAAAGUGAACAAGGCUUAUGAGUUCCUCUGUUCCAAAUCCUCUAAACAAGUUCAAGGCCCAGAUCCGCAUAAUAUUGUACUUAUUCUCAAGGCUCAGUCCAUUUUAUUCAAGCGACACAAAGAUGACCUUCAGCCAUAUAAAUACGCCGGCUACCCGAUGUUGAUUAAGACCAUCAGACUCGAGACCGUGGACAGCAGUUUGUUUUCAAAGUCAGCACCGCUUCUUACAGCUGCCAGUGAACUGGCUUAUCACACGAUCAACUGCUCAGCGCUAAAUGCCGAGGAAUUACGUAGAGAAAGCGGAAUUGAGGCACUUCAAGAGGCUUAUGACCGUUGCUUACUGGCUAUUACUGGCAUGACUGAACCGAACGCCAUUCCAGUCCAAGUUUGCACUCACAUCACGAGGUGCUACACAGUGGCAGCCCAGUUUGAAGAGUGCCGGGAGAAGAUCACUGAGAUGCCAGAUGUUAUCAAAGAUCUUUGUCGCGUCCUUUAUUACAGGAAUCUUCCAGCGCUCAAUUCUGUUGCAGCAGAAUGUGUCAGUGCUUUCUCUGUGGAUUUCUGGCUUCAAACCCAACUAUUACAGGCUGGUGUACUCUGGCAUCUACUCUUGUUCGUGUUCAGUUACGAUUACACACUGGAUGAAAGUGGAGUGGAGAAAAGUGCAGAAACCAACCAGCAGGAAACUCUGAACAGUCUUGCUCGUCUGAGCAUCGAUGCUCUGGCUCGACUGGGAGGAUAUUUGACUGACGAAAAUAAAACCCCUGAGAAUCCAGCCAUACGAAAGUCUUUGUCCAGUAUGUUCACACCGUAUAUCGCCAAACAACUCAGCAAUGAUAACCCAAAGGAGAUCUUAAAGUUGCUGAACAGUAAUACAGAAAAUCCUUAUCUCAUUUGGGAUAAUGCUACACGUGCAGAACUGACUGAGUUUCUCGAAGCCCAACAACUACGAAAGAUCAAGACGGGCGACUGUGAUACUUCGUUUGGGGCACGCUUCGCCUUCUCAGUUUUCAGUGAAGAACUUAUCGUUGGCGAAAUCUUUGUUCGUAUUUACAACGAGCAGCCUCUGUUUCCACUUGAGGCCCCAUUAAAAUUCGCAGCAGAUCUGAUCGACUUUCUUGGUUCGGAAGCACAGUACCUUCAUUCCGUUAUGGCGUUGACGGCUUCGGAACUGGAUCUCAAGAAGAACCAAAAAAGACUGGACGCUAGUGUUAUGGCCCUGGAGGCACUACGAAACGUUAUCAAGAACAACGCAGGCACCGAAGCUCAAUGCAUAGGACAUUUUAGGCUUAUUUUCUCAUUACUUCGAAUGACUAAAGCAACAAAACUCCAGAAGUUUGCUCUUGAGGUCAUUUCGUGCACAACAGCCAACAAGAACUGUGUUUCCAGUAUUGCUGAUUCAGACAUUCUUGGCUUCUUAUUCCUUACGCUCCACACGCUUCCUUCAGAUCGGUUGUUGACAGUUGAUACCAUGCAUGCACUUUGCUCCAACACGAAGAUUGUCAAGGAGACAAUGCACAAAGGUGGUCUUAUCUAUCUUCUUGACCUGUAUACUAAUGGUACAAACCCAGUGGUGCGGGAAAGGUCAGCGGAGUUGUUUGCGAAGAUGAUGUCGGACAAGCUAAUUGGACCAAAAGUCAAGAUCGUGUUGUCCAAAUUCCUGCCCGCCAUCUUUAUGGACGCCAUGAGAGAUAGCGCACAAGCCAGUGUGCACAUGUUUGAAGCAAAUCAGGAGAAUCCGGAGUUGAUAUGGAAUACAGAAGCCAGAGAGAAAGUCUGUUCGGUGGUGAAAGAGCUGAAAGACAGACAUUAUCAGGAGCAGAAAGACAAUCCCGACAUCCAGUGGAAGCUUCCUGACAACUUCGAAGUGAUGUUUGACGAAGCUGCUGGAGAAUUAAUCGUGGGUGGAAUUUACCUCAGAUUGUUCAUACAGCAACCGGCUUGGGUUCUGCGGAAGCCAAAAGAAUUCCUUGUUGCUCUUCUACAGAAGUUUAUUGAACUACUCUCAAAAUCUUCUCAUGGUGAGACUCUGGAGACUGUUACCCAGGCCACUCUAUGUCUUUUCACUGCGCAACCACAACUCGGAGACCAGGUUCCAGGUCUCGGCCACAUUCCUAAUUUGGUCAAGGGUAUGAGCUCCAGUAAUGAUGCAGUCAUCAAGUCCGCUGUACAAGUGGUUCAUUUACUCUCACCUAACGAGAUUUGUGUUCGAAGCAUGGCCCAGGUGACUGAUUGCAUCAGUCACGUGAUCAAAGGAAUGGACGCGAGACCAGAUGUAGUGGGUUUGGCUUGUGAAGCGCUUCACAGAAUGUUCGAAAAGAAUCACACAGAGCUUGUUGCGCAGGCGCUCAAAUUUGAGUUAGUCCAGUAUCUUUUAAACCUUCUGAACGGAGCGCUCAAAACUGUAGAGAAUCCUGCAGCCACCAAAGCUCAAAUUGUCAAGGCUCUGAAGGCGAUGAUACGUGACUUGACCCACGGCGAGGAGAUCAACAAGAUUCUGGAAGCUUCUACAGUGUGGGCCUCGUACAGAGACCAGAAACACGAUCUCUUCAUAUCGGACAAACCUGUGGCUGGCUACCUGACAGGGGGCGCUGGAGUUGCUGGCUACCUGACAAUGGGCUCUGGCAAUGCGAGCACCAUGUCCAGCGUGCCCCCGCCUGUGGACCGAGUGGAGAAUGGAAGCUGAUGUCACGUGACAUUGGAUGGUGCCAGUCAAUAGUUAAUUAGGCAGGCUGUGUUUACUCGAGCGUGACAGAGGAUACUUUGUACUUCCUACAUCACCAAAACUAUUACAAAUGUCAAAGUUUUUUCAUGAAUUAUUUAUUAUAUUAAUUUUUGUUCAUGUUGCGAAUUCUUAUCCAGAUGAUUACAAACUUUUUCCGAAUGGAAGGCUGUUCGCAGUUUUCGUAACUGAUACAUUCAUCUAGCGGAUUUGACAAAAUUUUGCAACAGAGUUUCGUCCAAGGAAUCGUGUGUUUACUGCGUUUUUCAGCGGUGAGCACAACUGAAUUUUUUUUUUCUUUUUCAUAUGUAAACCUUCGCCGCAAUUCUGAAAAUUCUCUUCCUUUAUAACUUUCACAUAUACUUGUAAUUAUAUUUUAGGCAACUCGCUAUAGAAUUCCCGUAAACCUUCUCCACUUUGGUGAUUGUAUGAAGGUUUAAAGGACACAUUGCGUGACUCACGGUAUGAAACUUUUGUGCGUCACGCCGCAUUUUUGCACGCUCAUUCGAACACAGCCUUUUAUUAAGAAUUGACGCAAAUAUUCUUUGGUGAUGAACAUUGCAAUUCUGCACAAAUCCAAUCGGGUUUGUCGAAGCCAGUUUCCAAAUUUAGAUUCAUUCGAAAAAUCCAUGUUUCGUGAUAUUUUAUUUUAACUGAAAAUGUCGCAAAGAAGGCUUAAAAACAUGUUAUUCAAGUCGAAGUAGAUCAUCUGUGGCGUCGAUUUGCGUUUCAUGCUGUUGAAAUAUUUACGGGUAGCCAGAAAUAAGUACAAAUUAAGAAACAAAUAAUUUAUUUUAAUUUUCACAGAAAAUAAGUGGUUAUAGUUCUCUCUCAUUUGGUAAAGUCGCGAAACAAAGUCACGUUUAGCUCAUUAACCCACAGGAUCGUUUAAAAAUUCCCUUUUCCAACAGCCGCACAUUUUCCCGGAAAUGGGUGAGGAGAAUUUAAUAUGUUAUCACAGCUGAUCAGUAUGUUAAUUCUUAUCACCUGUUUUCUGGGUAAGGAAUUGACCUUGCUAGCAGAAGCUAUCUGUAUCACUUCGACUAGUUUAAGCGAUCACUCAGAGUAAACCACAAGGUGACUAAUUCAAGAAAUUAAGAUUUAGGUACAUUCUGUGGUAAUGUUUUCCACUUCGCCCUGUAUUUGGAAAACCGAAAAAUUGCCCUUUUUUUUUUUUGUAAAACUUUGAUAUUUUCAAUGUGAUUAGAGAGAUUUGAAAUUGCCAGCCAGUUCUUUUAAUUGUAGCAUGCGAAAUUUGUGACUUAUAGCAAAAUCUCAAACCAGGAGAGAACAUAGCCAACGGAAUUUAACGGUUUUCUAAAAUGUUUGCAAAGUUGCUGCGAAUCCAGUCAUCCUAAAAAUAAGACAUUAGAUCUAUCAUUAUUCAAUUGAAUAAAUGACCAGUUAAAACGCUCGUAAGCGCGGGAAAGUGCAUAAUAAGUUGAAGUAGACCUGCGAGAGAAGCAAAUUUUCUGUAGAAAGUAAUUCACCAAUAAAAAACAAUGCUCUUUUGUUUUACCGACACUAAUUAAAUUGGACGUUAAUUCGGUAAAAUUAGGUCAAUGUAUUAUAACAGAAAAGUAGAACUGUCUUUUUUAUUCUAAAUAGAUCAAAGUUUAGAAAUAUAUUUUAAAAAAAUGGCAUGAUUGUUUGAAUAAACCAUAUUUGGAAAAUU